AUGGCAACCCGCCGCCACGUCCCUGGCGAGAAAACCUCCCUCGAGAAACAUCUCUCCCAACCCCUGGGCGAGAAAUCCAUCAUCACUCCUGCAGUCCCACCUCAUGUGAUCUUCAAACUCUUAGGCUUCACCCUCGCCAUGGUCGUCGUCCCUAUCGGCUCUUACUUUCUCACGCUGAACACCGUGUUUGGAGGUACUGAAGAAGAACGGGGAGAUGAGGACGUGAACAGCAAGUUGACGGAAAACCCUAAUACUGCAGGCAACUCGACGUGGGCGGGAGCGACGGCUGCCAUCAUCGCGAAUGCGGUGCUAAUAGGCUACGUGAUCGUAGCCUUCAACGAGGACCAGUCUGAAGCCUUGCGCGACGAUAAGAAGAAAGUGGAAGUGGUGGAGAAGGAGUCGAAAAAGGGUCGCUAA